CCCCCAGUUGUCACAUUAUUAUAUACCUCCUAUCAGUGGGCUGCCUGGUUUAUGACCAGCUAUGUCUGUCUGUACUUGUCCUUCAGUCUCAGUCUCUCUGUCUCUCCACUGGCACGGCUGCUGCUGGGACCUACAUACACCAACAGACAGAAACACACACCACCAUGAGUUGCUGUAACAAGCUGUGUGGGCUAAAGGCUGGAAUUGCGGCUGGAAUUGCGGUGGCCAUAUUAGGUAUAAUCCUUAUCCCUGUGGGGAACAAUAUCAUCCGUGAGACUGUUACAACGGUGAGUGUCAGCUUGCUAGAGGUGUAAACAUUGUGGAGGUUAAUCAAAGCAUGAGAGGUGGUCAAGAGAAAAAUUGAAAUAGGCUAUGCAUAGAGGAUUUCUGAGAGGUCCAUUUAGGAAAAAGUGGUUUGAUGCUAGCAAGAAAGGGACAUGAGAGUAGAUUAGAAAUAGUAAGUGAAGGAAACUUCUCCAUUUGUUCAAUCUCUUGUGUUACUAGGUCCCAGGUCAUAUUUUCCAAAUGCAUCUAAAAAGUUGACAGCCACUUUGGACAUAACUUAAAUAAAUGAGUGAAAAGAUUGCUGCUUUACUUAAAACCAGGGCACUGUAUAGAAAGUGUUUCUGUCUGUCUGUCUGAAUGCAGGAGUCGGUCAUCGAGCCUGGGACCACAGCCUGGGACAACUGGGUGUCUGCAGAAGUACCUGUGUACAGACAGUUCUGGCUCUUUGACGUGCAGAACCCACUGGACGUGGUGGAGAAUGGGUCAAAGCCAAAAUUGGUGGAGAAAGGGCCCUACACAUACAAGUAGGUCUCUGCUCACUCAAAUGUCUCUAAAAGAUCAACAAAAUGAUGUAUAUACGAUGUGCAUAAUCUCUGUUAGGUGAUUUCAACCCUGUAUAGAGAAACAAAACCUAUGGUGUUGUUAAUCUCCGCUUUGUAUUCUAAAUAUAAUUGGUUGACUUUGAAUUAUAAAUUGCUCUUUAAUAUCUACAAUUAAUAUAGAUGAAGAGAAAACACCUCUAUUUUAAUACAUCUAAUCUAGAGUCUAAUCUAAUCUGAUACAAUGUACAAGAGAGUCACUGGGUGAGAAAGCAGGAGACGAAAGGGUGUGUGACACUCCUCCGUGUGUCUCUCUCUACCAAUCAGGACGCGGUACCUGCCCAAAGAGAACAUCACGGCCAACCCAGAGAACCACACCAUCUCCUUCCUGCUCCCUGCGGGGGCCAUAUUUGAGCCGUCCAUGUCUGUGGGGUCUGAGGAGGACAGUGUCACUUCUCUCAACCUGGCUGUGGCUGUAAGUGGGUGACUCCUCAAUACCAUGUGAUGGCUCUCCACCUGUCUGAGUGGAUGUUGUGUAUUCCACCUCUGUCAGGGUUACUUUGUCUGGAGGAGAGAAGAAGGAGAAUAAGGGGAGCUGGGGUUGAAGGGAGCCGACUGUCUGGAUUGUAUGAGCACAGUUAUGGGGCCCAAGCAUUUACUGUUUCUACAAACCACUACUUAUUUUGUUGUGAGUCUGGCUGUGGUGGUCUCGCAACACUCCAGUGUUGUUAUUGUGAAUGUUUGGUUGAAGUGCACAUGUAUAUACAGUGAGGGAAAAAAGUAUUUGAUCCCCUGCUGAUUUUGUAAGUUUGUCCACUGACAAAGAAAUGAUCAGUCUAUAAUUUUAAAGGUAGGUUUAUUUGAACAGUGAGAGACAGAAUAACAACAAAAAUAUCCAGAAAAACGCAUGUCAAAAAUGUUAUAAAUUGAUUUGCAUUUUAAUGAGGGAAAUAAGUAUUUGACCCCCUCUCAAUCAGAAAGAUUUCUGGCUCCCAGGUGUCUUUUAUACAGGUAACGAGCUGAGAUUAGGAGCACACUCUUAAAGGGAGUGCUCCUAAUCUCAGCUUGUUACCUGUAUAAAAGACACCUGUCCACAGAAGCAAUCAAUCAAUCAGAUUCCAAACUCUCCAUCAUGGCCAAGACCAAAGAGCUCUCCAAGAAUGCCAGGGACAAGAUUGUAGACCUACACAAGGCUGGAAUGGGCUACAAGACCAUCGCCAAGCAGCUUGGUGAGAAGGUGACAACAGUUGGUGCGAUUAUUCGCAAAUGGAAGAAACACAAAAUAACUGUCAAUCUCCCUCGGCCUGGGGCUCCAUGCAAGAUCUCACCUCGUGGAGCUGCAAUGAUCAUGAAAACGGUGAGGAAUCAGCCCAGAACUACACGGGAGGAUCUUGUCAAUGAUCUCAAGGCAGCUUGGACCAUAGUCACCAAGAAAACAAUUGGUAACACACUACGCUGUGAAGGACUGAAAUCCUGCAGCGCCCGCAAGGUCCCCCUGCUCAAGAAAGCACAUAUACAUGCCCGUCUGAAGUUUGCCAAUGAACAUCUGAAUGAUUCAGAGGAGAACUGGGUAAAAGUGUUGUGGUCAGAUGAGACCAAAAUGGAGCUCUUUGGCAUCAACUCAACUUGCCGUGUUUGGAGGAGGAGGAAUGCUGCCUACGACCCCAAGAACACCAUCCCCACCGUCAAACAUGGAGGUGGUAACAUUAUGCUUUGGGGGUGUUUUUCUGCUAAGGGGACAGGACAACUUCACCGCAUCAAAGAGAUGAUGGACAGGGCCAUGUACCGUCAAAUCUUGGGUGAGAACCUCCUUCCCUCAGCCAGGGCAUUGAAAAUGGGUCGUGGAUGGGUAUUCCAGCAUGACAAUGACCCAAAACACACGGCCAAAGCAACAAAGGAGUGGCUCAAGAAGAAGCACAUUAAGGUCCUGGAGUGGCCUAGCCAGUCUCCAGACCUUAAUCCCAUAGAAAAUCUGUGGAGGGAGCUGAAAGUUCGAGUUGCCAAAAGUCAGCCUCGAAACCUUAAUGACUUGGAGAAGAUCUGCAAAGAGGAGUGGGACAAAAUCCCUCCUGAGAUAUGUGCAAACCUGGUGGCCAACUACAAGAAACGUCUGACCUCUGUGAUUGCCAACAAGGGUUUUGUCACCAAGUACUAAGUCAUGUUUUGCAGAGGGGUCAAAUACUUAUUUCCCUCAUUAAAAUAGAAAUCAAUUUAUAACAUUUCUGACAUGCGUUUUUUGGAUUUUUGUUGUUGUUAUUCUGUCUCUCACUUUUCAAAUAAACCUACCAUUACAUUUAUAGACUGAUUAUUUAUUUGUCAGUGGGCAAACGUACAAAAUCAGCAGGGGAUCAAAUACUUUUUUCCCUCACUGUACCAGAUUGGGACUUUUGUAUCCUAUAUGUUCAAUGCUCUAUAAUGCUAGAGGCAAUAAUACAGCAAUUUGUAGGACACAGCCCUCUCUCGCAUGUCACCAUAUCAGUCAUAAAACGUUGUUGUUGUAAUCCUCUAUCUGUAUGAGCUGGGGAAGCAGUAAUAUGCACGUGUACUGACAUUGUGUAAUGUACUCGUUUUGAACAAUGAAAAUACAACUUCAUUUUUCUUCUCCUUCCUUUCAGGGUGGGUACAAGUUGUUUCCCCCAUGGGUACUGGAAGCUGCAAUAAAGUUAAACAAUGUCUCACUGUUCCAGCGACGCACAGUGAGGGAAAUACUCUGGGGUUACAAAGACCCCAUUCUGAAAGGGACACUGGGCCUCUUUUUUCCUGUAAGCUCACCUGCAUAUCAUUUUCAUACACCUUCCCUAUAUAGAAUAAUACAAAUCCUUUAUUUAUUUGAAUAUGUACAUUAUUCCAAAAUACUAAUCUACAUUAUUUAUGUGACAUUCACUGAAAAUGUGAGAAUAACUUAAUCAAAUGUAUUGUUGUAAAACCCUUUUGAGUUGUAGCUACCUAACUGUUCCAUGAUGUGGUGUGCUGUUUCCUCAGUACAAUGGUACCUAUGAUGGGCCAUACAGGGUCUUCACAGGCAAGGAUGACAUCUCUAAAGUGUCUAUCAUUGACAGUUGGCAGGGGGAAAAGUGAGUCUUUCUUGAACCUCAACACACUAAAGUUGAUGGAGAGUUGUGAGGGUGGAAUCGAAAAUUGAGCAAUGAGUACUUACUAACCUCCCCCCCAUAUCAUAACAGGGGCCCAUGAUGUAAUUAUCUUACCGUUAUUCCGUAACCGGAUGUAAAUCCACUUAAUCUACUGUAAUUUCAAUAACCCAAAUAAAAAAUAAAUAAACUCCAGGUGUCAUGUCAUAGCUGACACCCCAUUCUUUCUGCAGACAUCUUUGAUAUAUAACAUAUUUUUUGGAAAAAGUGGCCACAUUUUACCGUAAUUCUGUUACCAAAAUGUGCAUCUGCACAGUUCUUCUAGUAAAUGUGUUUUUGUGACAUUUUCUGUAUACAUUGUUCAAAGUAGUCCUUGUGCAUAGAGUUGCAUGGUUUGUUAAACUUUUAAAUCAAUGUUUUUUGUUUGGCCUACAUUUUAAAGUGUAAAAUCUGAGUCUGUUACUGUGGAAUUGCCAAUAUUGUCAAUUCAGUCUAAUGACAUUAUGUCAUGCAGCAUCAUCUGUAGAACUCUCCCGGCAAACCAUGUAAAGCCACAGGUCUUUGGUGAUUGUAGGCAGGUGUGGACUGGCCAUUUGGUAUUUUGGGCAAAUGCCAGAUGGGCUGGUCAAUUUUUAGCCUAGUGGGCCUGUCUAACUAGUUUUUCUUGCCCAAAAUAAUUAUCUGACUAAUAAUGGGGGCCUCAAAGAAAAAAAAUUUGUUGGUAUGGGGGCCUCAAGGAAAAUAAAUGGGCCGUUGUGUUUGAAAUGCCAGGGCCAAUUUAUUGUCCCAGUCCGCCCCUGAUUGUAGGUAGUUGUGUGUCUGGGUCAUAUUACCCAAUAACUGAUGGCUUUACUGAUGAGCCCAUUUCUCUCUAAUAGGAAGGUGUCUUUCUGGAAGGACACAUACUGCGACAUGAUCAACGGCACAGGUACAGUCACCCAAAUAGCCAGGCAGCAGACAACUUGCAUUGCAUCACUGUCUUGUUGAAUUACAUUUUACUCUAUCAUCACGUAACCAAAACAUUUAAAACCAAUUAAGAAUACUUGAGAAUCAUUACUAAGUCAUCUCAUACUCUCAUGGUUAAUAUAUGAAAUUCUAAAUGAUGUUCUUUACCGUUCUGACUAUCUUAUAUAUUUCACCAGAUGGCUCGUCAUUCUCUCCCUUCCUGGAUAAGAAGAAGCCUCUGUACUUCUUCUCCUCUGACAUCACCAGGUGGAGUGAUCUUCAUUUACAUAUUGGGGUGGAUAGUAAUGUUCAGAUCUAAUGUAGACUGGUGUUACGAAGACAAGUGGAAAUUAUAACUGAUUAUGUUUUGCAGUGGCCCUAAUCUGUAAGGCAAAUUCUAUCAGCUUUAAUCCUGUUCAUUGCCAUCAUACAGCCAAUAAGCAUUUACUACUUGUUUAUCAUCCCCCUUGAAGUCUGGAAGGGACUCUUCACUAUGUCCUUUGGCCUAAUAUUCAAAUACACUUUAGUCAGAUCUGGGGCCAUUUGCAUCGAGCAUCUCAGAGUAGUUCUAAUAAUGACCACAAGAGGUCAGGCCCCGGCAAAAACAAAGAGCCUUGUCUCCUAACAGCACUGUUCUUCAAUGUCUUCAGGUCUGUGUCGGCUGAGUAUGAGAGGAGCCUGAACCUGAAGGGGAUCGAGGUGUACCGGUUCAAACUACCCCCGCUCACCUUAGCCUCCCCUGCAGUCAACCCAGACAACCAGUGCUUCUGCACGGACUCUGUGGUCACUAAGAACUGCACAUUGGCCGGAGUCCUGGACAUCAGCGCCGCUCGCGGUAAGGGAUACAGGCAACAAUCACUAACUGGUUCCUGCACUGCUGGGCAUCAGCGAAUAAAUAUCAUAAUAGGAUCUAAUUAUCUAUUAGCACUGUAUGAAUGGCACAGAAUUCUAAUACAUUUAUAUUUUAGUCAUUUUAGCAGACGCUCUUAUCCAGAGAGACUUACAUGAGCAAUUAGGGUUAAUAGCACAUAGCAUUUACUGCAGUUCCAUUGGACUACAAGCAGGUCCCAGAGUUUUUCCUGGUCAGGGAAACUGUUGGUUCUACACAUACUGUAUGCAUGUACUGUAUACAGUACCAGGUCCAUCUUUGAUUUUCUCAACCAGGACAACCAGUCUACAUCUCCCUGCCCCACUUCCUGCAUGGUAGUCCAUACCUGGUUGAAGAUGUGGAGGGCCUUAGUCCUAGUGAGGAGCAUCACGUCACGUUCCUGGAUGUGGAACCGGUGAGAGCCCUGCAUCCAUUCACCUUUAACCUCUGACCUCUAGGAUAUGUCAAAUGACCUUCCCAACUAAAUCAAAUCAACUCAAAUCAAAUCAAAUCAAAUCAAAUUGUAUUGGUCACAUGCGCCGAAUACAACAGGUGCAGACAUUACAGUGAAAUGCUUACUUACAGCCCUUAACCAACAGUGCAUUUAUUUUAAACAAAAAAAGUAAAAAUAAAACAACAAAAAAAAAGUGUUGAGAAAAAAAGAGCAGAAGUAAAAUAAAGUGACAGUAGGGAGGCUAUAUAUACAGGGGGGUACCGUUGCAGAGUCAAUGUGCGGGGGCACCGGCUAGUUGAGGUAGUUGAGGUAAUAUGUACAUGUGGGUAGAGUUAAAGUGACUAUGCAUAAAUACUUAACAGAGUAGCAGCAGCGUAAAAAGGAUGGGGUGGGGGGGCAGUGCAAAUAGUCCGGGUAGCCAUGAUUAGCUGUUCAGGAGUCUUAUGGCUUGGGGGUAGAAGCUGUUGAGAAGUCUUUUGGACCUAGACUUGGCACUCCGGUACCGCUUGCCGUGCGGUAGCAGAGAGAACAGUCUAUGACUAGGGUGGCUGGAGUCUUUGACAAUUUUGAGGGCCUUCCUCUGACACCGCCUGGUAUAGAGGUCCUGGAUGGCAGGAAGCUUUGCCCCAGUGAUGUACUGGGCCGUACGCACUACCCUCUGUAGUGCCUUGCGGUCGGAGGCCAAGCAGUUGCCAUACCAGGCGGUGAUGCAACCAGUCAGGAUGCUCUCGAUGGUGCAGCUGUAGAAUUUUUUGAGGAUCUGAGGACCCAUGCCAAAUCUUUUUAGUCUCCUGAGGGGGAAUAGGCUUUGUCGUGCCCUCUUCACGACUGUCUUGGUGUGUUUGGACCAUGAUAGUUCGUUGGUGAUGUGGACACCAAGGAACUUGAAGCUCUCAACCUGUUCCACUACAGCCCCGUCGAUGAGAAUGGGGGCGUGCUCAGUCCUCUUUUUUUUCCUGUAGUCCACAAUCAUCUCCUUUGUCUUGGUCACGUUGAGGGAGAGGUUGUUGUCCUGGCACCACACGGCCAGAUCUCUGACCUCCUCCCUAUAGGCUGUCUCAUCGUUGUCGGUGAUCAGGCCUACCACUGUUGUGUCGUCGGCAAACUUAAUGAUGGUGUUGGAGUCGUGCCUGGCCAUGCAGUCAUGGGUGAACAGAGAGUACAGGAGGGGACUGAGCACACACCCCUGAGGGGCCCCCGUGUUGAGGAUCAGUGUGGCAGAUGUGUUGUUACCUACCCUUACCACCUGGGGGCGGCCCGUCAGGAAGUCCAAGAUCCAGUUGCAGAGGGAGGUGUUUAGUCCCAGGAUCCUUAGCUUAGUGAUGAGCUUAGAGGGCACUAUGCAGUCAUCUGUCAUAUGCUAACGCUCCCCAAAAAAUAGCAAGUCUUAGCACACAUGGUAUUCAUGUGCUGGCCUCUUAAUAAGCUACACCCUUUUGCAUUUGCAUCUAUUUUGAUUUUGACAGGGGACCUACAUACACCCACAGACAGAAACACACACCACCAUGGGUUGCUGUAACAUGCUGUGUGGGCUAAAGGCUGGAAUUGCGGCUGGAAUUGUCUGUUCCUGGCAUGUACAGUACAGUAGGCCUAAUUGCUGUGGGAAUAAAUGUGAGUCUGAUUUGAUUUGGUGUUUGUUUGUUUCUGUCAGACCACAGGGUUCAGUCUGAGGUUCGCUAAGAGACUGCAGGUGAACAUGAUGUAUGGCCCCUCCAAGAUCAUCACGUAGGUUUAAUGUCUUGGUCUAUAAUUUUCCUGUACUUUACUAUUGUAUAUACAGACACUCAUCCAAUAACAUCUCUCUCUCAUUACAUAUUCUCCAGGGUGUUAAAGAAAGUGAAGGAUUACACCAUAUUCCCUAUAGUUUGGCUAAACGAGGUAAGUCAUUUGAGUUGUAUUUACUGCUGCCAGGUCUUACUUCUAAAGCUUUAACUUGCCUUUGUUAUUGCAUAUUCCCUAAGUAUUUCCUAAGUAUAUAACCUCUCGUUUCUGUAAAUGCUAUACCUCAAUGACUGUCUGUUUCUGCAGACGGCAUCCCUGGAUGACGAGACAGCAGACAGGUUUAAGAAGGAGCUGUUAUCUCGUAUUGACAUGCUGGAGACGGUGCAGUUCACACUGAUAGGCUUAGGGUUAUCAGCCUUUGUACUCUGCAUAGUGGCCCAUUGUUUGGUAAGCAGAAACGACAACAAGCUUGCGUGAGAGGGACAAUGCAGCUGUACAACAGAGGAACAGCGCGGGUACACGGAUAUCAGUGUACUAACUUUCAUGCACAUCUCUUAAUUUCAAUGUUAUUUACAACGUAAAUAUAUAUUGUAGGCAUUGUGUGAGUUAGAAUGUACAUUUUCUUGUAAAAAUUAUUAUAAACUGUUCUUUCAUGUAAUUGUAAUUUGAUUUGCACACACCUCGCUGCUAGAUUUUGGUCAGGGAUCUUGAAAGCUAGAAUAUACAGUGGUUGAAAUUGCUGUAACAUUCAUGUAGCUAACAUUCAUGACUCCAAUAAAAAUAAAUCAAUGCUGAUUCAAAUGUAUUCAGCUUAAUCUUGGCUCACACUGAAGUUGAGCUAUGAAUAUCAAUGGAGGCAGGAACGGGGAGGAAGUAAAGUAAUUGUUUUAUGAUACCCUGCUUCUCAAGGGGUCUUAACUAAGGUUAUGAACAUGGCAUGAGUCUAGCAAAACUGGUCCACAUCCCCAUGGGAAGUAACCAGCUUAGGUUCUCUCAUUGCUGGAAUAAACCGCUCUAUUGUACAUUUGAAGCCAAAUUAUUCAGUUUCCCUUUCACCUCAUGUGGCCCGUAAAUCAAAAUGAUAGUGAAAACACCCCCAUACGGAUGGUUAUUCUGUGGUUUCUGCAUGGCACUUGGGUUUGUUUGGUGAGAAAGCACUGUUUUUGCCCAGCAGGAACCCUCUCUUAGUUUUAUGGGGUUUUAAAUAACCAUCUGCUGGUUCCCGGGGCUCUUUGAUACCUCUGUU